UUCUCGGAGGCCGCCGCGGCGCGCAGCGGCAGAGCACGAAGGCAACCCAGAACAAGCGCCCAACCACUUUGACAGAGUCCGCCUCGCCUCACGUCACCCCCGGAUCCUCUACAUCUCAGACUGGCAUCUCGUGGCUAGCGAGCCGCGUGAUCUGGCCGCAGAGGAUCCCACCUCUCCACCACGCGAAGCCGCCUCGCCUCGCCUCUCACCUUGAAAUACGGAGGCCGUUCGCAGACGCUCCCCUCCAGCUCGUCUCUCUCUCUCUACCCCCACUCCUCGUGUCUCGUCUCGAGCUCCUCUCGCCGUCGUCGUCGGCCAAGAAACACAGCAAGAAGCGCGUGUUCCAGGAAGCGGUGAUCGCCAUGUCGUCAUCGUUGCCGCCGGCGGGUGCGCAGCAGGUGUUACCCUCUGCGGCAGCGUUGCCGGGCGCGGGGCAGCAGCAGCUGGCCAUCAGCAACGGGGUCCUGCUCGCGGCGGUCAUCUUCCUCUUCAUGGUCGUUGUCUUCGUCUUCCUGCUCUACCUCUACGCGAAGCGCUACCUCGGCGCCAACCCGCUCCUCGCGCCGUCCACACCCUCCUCGCGGUUCCUCUUCGUCGAUGCGUCCCCGAUCCCGAGCCGCGGGCUCCCGGCAUCCGUCCUGCAAUCGCUCCCCAUUAGUGUGUACGGCGGCGCCGCUGCCGACGGCGGCAAGGAGGCGCUCGAGUGCGCGGUGUGCCUGUCCGAGGUGGCCGACGGCGAGAAGGUGCGGGCGCUUCCCAAGUGUGGCCACGGGUUCCACGUCGAGUGCAUCGACAUGUGGUUCCACUCGCACGACACGUGCCCGCUCUGCCGAGCGCCCGUCGGCGCCGCCGCGGGGCUGCCGCGCGUGCCGCGGGAGGAGCCCACGAUAGAGUUCCCCGUGUUCCCCACCAACGUGCUCUUCUGGGGAACCCACGACGAGGUCACCAACGCCGGACUCGCGAUGCCGCCGCCGCCCCCGCCCAUCGCCGCCGCCUCCACGAGCUCCUCGGGAUCCGGCCUCAGGAAGGAGAACCUGGUUAUCGACAUCCCAACGCGUCCCGUGGCCGUGAACUCGCCCCUAACGUGGUCCUCUCCCACGACACCGCUGCCGGCGAGCAGGAUGCCCGGAGGUGCGGACGAGAUGAGGUCGCCGGUGUCCGCCCGGCUGCGGUCGCUGCGCCGGCUACUGAGCAGGGGCAAGCAGGCCGUGGUGGGCACGUCCUACAGCCCCCGUGGCGCCGGCGACAUCGAGCAGGGGUUCGCUGGAGCUGAGGCCGCCCGCCCGCCCAAGACGCCCAAGACGCCGCCGUCGGCGAACUGAUUCACUCUUCACAGCUCCGCGAUGCAUUUGGCUCGCCUCGUACGCCGAUCACCGGAGCGUGCACAUGUGUUCAUUCUUUCUUUCCACUUCUUUUCUUUCUGGUUUGACCAAAAUUGAAUUUUGGCAGAAAAAUUCUGAUGUAAAGUGUGAACAGUGGAAAACAUUGGUGUUGAUUGGUUCGUGGUUUUGGGGGAUAAAUGAAAACGAAUUCGUUUUCAUGUUCAGAA